AUGAGAUGGACAGACCAGGUGAGGGCUGCGGUGGAUGUCCCGUUGCAUGAGUGCACAAGAAAGGCAGCUGUUAGGGAGGAGUGCAGUGUAGAGAGCGUGCCACAACACCCAAGUGACGACCACGACCGCUCUGUCAAGAGCGUAUCGACUGAGAAGAAGAAAGAAGAAGACUACUUGGCCUCUAGUAACGAUAGGCAUAUGAGAGAGAAGAUGAAAGAAAGAUAUAAGCUGCAGAAAGUUCAUGCGAAAACAUUGAUUGAGGAAGUACGUGAAAGGUGUAGAAUAGAAGCGGACGAAAGGUUGUCGCACAACUUUAAGGAAAACUCCAAACUCUUCUGGAAAGAGGUUGAAGGGUCUCGGAGUGGUGCGACAGCCUUAAGAAUGAACAAAAGUAAAAGUGCUUUCGAAAACCAAUGA